AUAAAAUAAAAUAAAAUUAUAUGUAAAAUAUUUUUAAGUUCACUAUAAGAUUUAUCAAUUAAGUUUUUGAUUUAGAAACUGUGCUUCUUUUUAAAAAAAGAACUGGUUAUUUAUAAAGUUAAGUAAAUCAUAUUUAUUGCAACUGCGGUUGAUCGUUGCUCUAACACAAAUCGUGUCACAAUAUAAUGGUAUAUAAUAUAUUAUUAUGAGUUAUUAAAUUAAUGAAUAAAUAUUAUUGUACGAAACAAAGACCGUUUGAAUAGCGCAAUGGCUGGUAGCGGAAAGUCAUACAAAAAUAAAACCUAUUUCAAUCACAAUUCUAUGAAUGAACUACUUUUAAUCGUAUAUACGAUGGCUUUGACGUUUCCAACACAUAGUAGUACACUUGAAGCGGAAUUUAAUAAAUUUAGCUGCACAGAUUCAAUGACUUGUACCAAAUGUACAAUCAAUCCUAUGUGUGUAUGGUACCUUAAACAACAGGAAUGUGAAAACAAGAAUAAAUUCAAUUCUUCGAGUUUAAUUAUUUCUAGAAAAGAGGAAUGUCCGCAGUUUUCUGCAGUUACAACAUAUCAAUAUGAUGAUAAUAAAUAUAUUUCUGUUAAAUAUAUUGUCAAAAUAAAAAAUGAUUUAGUAGGUUUUAUAAAUUAUCUGAACAAAACUCAACUUUAUUUGGAAAUUCAACCAGAUUUUCGAACGCCAGUGACGAUAGUUAAUGAAACAAAUAUAUUGUGCUCAUUCCGCCAAACAAAAUUAUCGGUUAGCUUAGUCCCGGACACUAGUUUUUUUCUCAUCAAGUUCAAUGAUACCAUGCUGCGGUUUGAUAACGUCGCUGAUCACUAUGUUACGGUCUAUGGACUUAAAGAAUGUUCUGCCCACCAGAAUUACAUAGCCUGUGCGACAUGCGGAUGGUAUAAAAAUGGGUACUCGAACUAUUUGAAAUUGUGUUCCUCCGAAAACACUUGUAAAGAUAAAAAGAGUUUAUACAUAAAGAACAAUGCUAAAAACCAGUCAAACGAAAAGGUAGCUUACGUGACGAAUGAUUGUGCAGAAAUCAAUGUGAGCACAGUUGAUCCGCUAUCAGGGCCUGAAACCGGUGGAACAACUGUAACGAUCAUAGUUAGGAACCACUGGAUAUUUGAGGAGAGCCGAACGGUAAUGGUGACGGUGGCUGGAACAGAGUGCCUGAAUCCUAGGACGUCCGGACUUGAAACCAUAACUUGUACUACGACACAAUCGGUUGGAACAUUAUCCGGUCCAAUUGUUGUGGAGUACUCGUCGAUCGAAACAGUACUAAGGAUUGAGUCAUCGCAAAUAUUUCGGUUUUGUAUGAAACCCGUCUUGGAUGCGUACCAGCUACUUGUAGGUAUAGUAUCGGGUGGCACUUCAGUAUCUGUCUGUGGCAAUCAUUUCCUUGAACCUUGCGUUGUAUCCUCUGCUCGACUAUACGUUGACCUGCCUGAUGGUAUCAGAUGGUAUGCAUACGGUUUUUGCGAUCCACCAGUUAACAACACAUACAUGGUUUGUCGAUCACCAAGAAUGAACAGCACUCGUUGGAACGGCAACCAGUCGGUUGUCGGACGACUGCUUAACUUCGGGCUUGAUGUGAUGAAAUUUACUGGAAAUCAAUCGUUGCAUGUCAACGGAACGUCACUCAGCUUUUACGUGCAACCCGAUCCUAUUCUACAGGACUUUGUAAUAGACGAAGCUGGUUCAGUAAUCAUCAAUGGCAUUAACUUAGAGAAUGUCCAACUGGAUGACGUAGUUGUACGGUUUCUUAAUUCAUCAGCCACGGGUUGUGUUGUCGUAUCGGUUAAAUCAAAACGUAUUAUAUGUAAUCCAGCCAUAACCAUCACUUCAGUUGAGUUGUAUGAGAUUUUGGUCGAUAUUGGAGAUUCGUUGUCGUACUCCUUGGUUAAUAGAUCACCUACACCUAUUAUUGAUCCUUUCAAUCUUCAGAUUCUCAAAAAUCCCUUCAUUUCUGGCUCAAAUAAAACCAGUUGUUCAGAUUCGAUAACAUGUACAAAAUGUACUAUCAGAGCUAUGUGUAUAUGGUCCCUUCAACAACAGACAUGUGUAAACAAAACUCAAUUUAGCUCAUCUGGUUUAAUAGUCUUCAGAAUAGAGGAAUGUCCGCGGUUUUCAGUAGUUAAAGAGUAUAAUUAUGGUGAAUCAAGUGUUACCUUGAAAUACAUCGCCAAGUUAUCGAAUGAUUUGGUAGGUUUUAAAAAUUAUCUUAAUAACUGUAUACUUUAUAAUAGAUAUCCAACAUAUUGCAAAUAUCCAACUCGAAAGGUUAACUCAUAUAACAACACGAUAAUAUCAUGCGAAUUUUACUUAAAGAAAUCUUAUUUUGAUAGUAGUAAUCCAUCGUUUACUUUUUUUACUUUUAUUAAUUUCAAUGACGUAAUGCUGCGGUUUGAUAAUGUCGCUGAUCACUAUGCUACAUUUAAUGAACACGAAGAGUGUACCAGCGACGAGAAGUAUAAAUCAUGUGUAACUUGUGCAUGGAAUAAUGAUGGGUACUCGAACUACUUGAGAUGGUGUUCCUCGGACAACACCUGUCAAGUUCCCAAGAGUUUGUAUAUGAAGAACAAUGGUAUAGAACAGUUGAACGUAAAAUUAGCACAUUUGACCAAUGAUUGUGCCGAAAUAAAUGUGACGGAAGUCGAUCCACUGUUUGGGCCCGAAACCGGUGGAACAACCGUAACAAUUACAGUUAAGAACCACAUGAUAUUAGCAGAGAACCGAACGGUAAUGGUGACGAUUGCUGGAACGGUGUGCAUGAACCCCAGAACGUCAGGACCAGAGACUAUAACUUGCUCUACAUCACAACCUAACAUUACAUUGUCUGGUCCAGUGCUGGUCGAGUACUCGUCGUUCGAAAUCGUAUUGAAGAUAGAGUCGUCGCAGAUAUUCCAGUUUUGUCUUAACCCCGUAUUGGACGCUGACCAACUGCUUGGGGGCAUAGUGUCUGGUGGCAUUUCAGUGCCAGUCCAUGGCAAUCAUUUCGCUGAACUAUGCUUUGCAUACCGCCUGUACGUUGACCUGGCCGAUGAUAUAAGGCAGUACGCAGAUAGUUAUUGCGAUUCACCGGUCAACGAAACGUACAUGGUCUGUCAAACACCAAGUGUAAACGGAACUGGCUGGGACGUAGAUGCGUCGAUUGUGGGACGUCUGCUGAACUUUGGACUGGAAAUCACAUUCAAUAAGGACAAUACUUCCGUGAAUCAGUCACUGCCAAUAGUGAUUCGUGGCCCAUCACCCAAAUUUUACGUUCACCCCGAUCCAGUAUUGUUAGACUUCGAAAUUAACGGAAGCGGUUCAUUAGUCGUCCAUGGCCACCACUUGCAGCAUGUCCCACCUGAAGACAUUGUGAUACGGUCCACGAAUUCACUGUUCCCAGUUUGCGUAGCCAUUUUAGUAACACGAAACAGUUUUGUGUGUGAGACGACCAUGCCUGUCACUGAGUUGCAAGAGAUUUCUGUCAAAAUGGGUAAGUGGUUGGUGUUUAAGGUGAUCAGGAAUACUUUGACGCAUCCUGAGGACCCAUUCAAACUUUCUGGCUGGUUCCUAACUAUCAUUUCUAUAUCUACGGUGAUGGUGUUUGUCUGGGCCUUGGCUUGUUGCCUAAGAACGAAACAAUUGAACGUAACAGAAAAUAUUCGAAACCCAUUGGGGGCAUCCACAAGAUCACAUGACUUAAUCGAACACACUGCGCUGUAAUUUGAAACCGUAAUAUUGUAAUGGCUGUCACAAUAAAUAAAUGAAUUACAAUUUUAUUCGAGGUUUUAAUAAC